AUGGAAACAAAACGAUAUUCCGGGCAAGACCUGCCCUCCGAACAUGCGAGGAAGGGCUCAAUUAAUGCCGACACGCCCUGGUACCUCCAGUUGGACCAUGGUGAUGAAGUCGUCUAUGAUCCUGCCAUCUUGACGGUCAGACAAGGCACGCUGACCGGCCUGGUCGAACACCUAACCCGACACGACAAGCUUGACGCCGUAUUCAACGAUUCCUUCCUCAUGACCUAUCCGUCUUUCGUGUCCGCCCCUGAGCUCUUCGAGAAGCUCCUCGUGCGAUUUUACACCCUCCCGCCGGAGGGCCUGUCCGAGUCCGAAACAGAGGCAUGGAUUCAGCAGAAGCAGAAAAUGAUCCGGUUCCGCGUGGUGAAUAUCCUCAAGAACUGGUUUGGUCGCUUCUGGCUCGAACAGCCGGGCGAGGAUUCCGCAGCGUUUGCUCGCCAGGCGUAUCAUCUGGUCCAGACCUCCCCUGCGAUCACGGAGAUUCCCGGAGCUCAGCAGCUGCUGGUGGUCAUGGAGCAGCGCUUACAGGACAAAAGUACGAAGCACCUCGUGCCGCCACCGAUUGCCAGUGCGCCUCCGCCUAUUGUGCCCAAGAACCUGCGCAAGAUCAAGUUGUUGGAUAUCGACCCUACGGAGUUCGCUCGGCAGUUGACCAUCCUUGAGUACCGGCAUUAUGCCCGCAUUAAACCAACCGAGUGCCUGAACAACUCUUGGCAGAGGAAGGGGCCGAAUGAGAAGGGAAACAAUGUGAAUGCUAUGAUCCUGCAUUCCAACCAGUUAUCAAACUGGGUGGGUGCGGUCAUUCUGGCGCAGACGGAGAUCAAAAAGCGAGUUAUGCUCAUCAAGCAUUUUAUCACGAUUGCCGAUAAAUGCCGCUCCCUUAAUAACUAUGCUACGAUGAUGUCCAUCAUUUCUGGCCUCGGAAUGACCCCCAUAUACCGACUCUACAUGACCUGGCCGCAGCUCAGUCCGAAGGUGAUGAACACGUUGGAGGAAAUGCGAGAUCUCAUGUCCAGUACGAAGAAUUUUGGCAAAUAUCGGGAGAACUUGCGCUGCACGCAUCCUCCGUGUGUUCCAUUCCUUGGAAUAUACUUGACCGACCUGGUCUUUAUCGAAGACGGCAUUCCGAAUCAUGCCCCCAACGGUAUGAUCAACUUCAGUAAACGGUUGAAAGUCGGCGAAGUUCUUCAGGACAUCCAGCAGUUCCAGAACACGCCAUACGUCUUCCAGCCGGUUUCCGAGCUACAAGACUACCUCAUGAACGGCCUACAGGGCACAGAAGAGGCCAGCGACUUGUACGAACGCAGUACGGCGCUUGAGCCGCGGCGGAUGGGCGAAGAAGGCUUUGUGCAGUACGCGGCCACGGGCAGCCAUAUGAGCUCGGUUGUCAUUGCGAGCAUGGCAAUGCGUUGA